AUGUCGCUGCCAUCUACGGCGGAGUGUGCCGACCUGCUUGUCGCCACGCCGGGUCGCUUGGAGGAUGCAUGUGUUCGAGGAGAUUUGGUCCUCCGAGAUGUGCGAGCCGCCGUGCUGGACGAGGCGGACCGGAUGCUGGACCUGGGCUUCGAGGACCAGAUCCGUAUCCUGCUGACCAGGCGCAUGCCUCGAACAGGGACCGGGCGACAGACGGCGAUGUUCAGUGCCACCUUCGGGAUCGGAGUGCAGCACCUCGCAGCGGAUUUCUUGGAUGCCUACACCUUCGUGGCCGUAGGUCGUGUAGGAGGUGCCGCUCAGACGGUGGAGCAGCGGGUCAUUUGGGUCGAGGACGCACGCAAGGCCCAGGCACUCUUGGGCACGCUCCUCGCUUUGGAGAGCGGCGCCAACAAGGGGACGCCGUGCAGUGUUCUGGUCUUCGCGAACACAAAGGAUGCGGUGCGGCUCGUCGAAGAGAAGGUCCGAGCUUGGAGCUUCCGGGUCUUCUCGAUUCAUGGGGACAAGAAGCAGGAUGCUCGGGAGAAGGCCCUGCAACUCUUCCGCCAUCAUGCAGAGGGCCGAAGCUCCGGCUCCAGGGACUCGGCGGCCGUGCUGGUGGCCACAGACGUCGCAGCACGCGGUCUGGACAUCCCAGACAUCACGUGCGUUGUGCACUACGACCUGCCAAGAAGGAUCGACGACUUCGUGCAUCGAUCGGGCCGGACGGGCCGCCUGGGCAGGACUGGACUCUCCAUCGGUUUCGCCAAUGCUCGGGCAAAGGGACUGAGCAAGGAUCUGGUCAAGUGCCUGGCAGAAGCGGGUGCAAAGAUUCCACCCUGGCUGCUGGGCAUGGCCAUUUCGACCGGUGAAGACCUUGAGGGCUUGGAGGCGCUGGGGCAAAAGUCUGACGGAGGCUACGGAGCACAAGACGUCCGCUUGCAGGGUGCAGGCGUUCAGACGGCUGCCGAACGCCGCGAAGCGCAGAAGCUGCGAAGCUUCGCAGAGGACGCCUACAGUGCUGCCAUGCCGGAGGGCUCCGGAGCUGCCCAGUGA